UAUAAAGGCGGCGGCGGCGGCGGCGGAGCGGCAGCACCAUGGAGAGCUGCCGGGCGCUGGCGCUGUGCGCCGUGGCCGCCGCGCUGCUGCUCAGCGCCCGCGGACACGGAGCGGCCCCGCCGCGCCGCGCGCGCGACCUGGGCCCGCCCGGCGGCGGCGGCGCCUCCCGGGAGAAGGAGCUGAUCGAGGCGCUGCAGGAGGUGCUGGAGAAGCUCAAGAGCAAGAGGGGACCGCACUACGAGAAGAAGUUCGGGCAGGUGCCCAUGUGCGACGCCGGGGAGCAGUGCGCCGUGAGGAAGGGGGCUCGCAUCGGGAAGCUCUGCGACUGCCCCCGGGGGACGUCGUGCAAUUCCUUCCUCCUCAAGUGCCUGUAAGCAGAGGCGUCCCGGGACAAGCCGCCGGGAGCGCAGGCACAGACGUCUGGCUGCCCCGACGUGCCGGCGAUUUCCCGCAGCUCCUCCGCCCGAGAAACGCAGCGAGAAGCGCCCGCAUCGCCCGUGUAACGCCGUCCGUGACAUCCGACAUCCGUGGAGCUGUUUUCUUUCUCUCCCCUGCCCUGCCCCAACCCGUCCUCUCCCUCCCCUUCUCCCCUUGCUUUUGUCCGUCCAGAAAAAUCCUGGGCCCCGUGCCGUGCCCCGGGACGGGCGGAAAACAUCCACCCAGUGUCGGCUGGAGGAGCCGGGGCCAGGGUACUUCCCUGGGGUGGUUGAGGGUAGCAGGGCCAGGUGGGAUGCAAGUGUGUCCAAAGCACUUUGGCCCCCUCUCCCUUGCCUCCCCGCUGAGAGGAGCCAGUUCGGCACACCCCGGAGCAAGCAGCCUGCAGCCCUCGGUGGGGUUCACCCGCACCACUGGCCUCAGGCCAAAUCCAGCUGAGCUCACCCUGUGCUGUAGAAAAUUCGGCAUGAGACACUGAUGGUGUGCAGGGGUUCCGGCACUAGCCUGGCUGGGGUGGGGCUGGGGGGAAAUCAGUUGCUUUACCAGGGUCACCACGGAGAAAAAUCUGUCUGGAUUCAUUGCAAACUACCUGGGGAUAUCCUACUCAUGUUUCUACAAUGAACUGAUGUAUAUAAAUAUGUCUGUCCUCCACAGGUACACUGUGUAUUUCAGCAAACUCAUAAUGUGUUUUAAUCCUUUAUUUGUCUCUAUUAAUAAAGUCAGUGUUCUGA